CAAGAAGCUCCUCGGUAAGCUUCGGAAUGUUCCGCCAAGUCGAAUCUUUCCGAAGACGGUGAGGAUGUUACGUCACAACAUUUCCGCAGCGCGUCGGUUUUUCCCCUGUGAAGAUGGCGACCGUAACUGCAGCCACCUCCGAGUGGAUCCAGUUCUUCAAAGAUGCUGGGAUUCCUCCUGGACUGGCGGUCAACUACGCUGUGGCGUUUGUUGAUAACAGGAUUCAGAAAAGCAUGCUCAUGGACCUCAGUAAAGAAAUUAUGAUGGACUUGGGUAUCACAGUCAUUGGGGACAUCAUAGCCAUUCUUAAACAUGCCAAGCACGUGUAUAGACAGGAUUUGUGUAAAAUGACAACUGAAGCCAUUUCUUCAGGACAGACCAGUGUACAAGCCGAACUGAGACGUACUGCCAACACUCCAGCCACACGCAUGAUUGCCAACGCUCUGAGCCGGGACUCCCCACCAAGCACGCCUGCUCGGCGCCCUGACAACCGAAUAUCAGUGACGGUCUCCAACAACAGUGCCAAAGCAGCUCCUUACCCUGUCCCAGUGCCCAGCCAACCAGCAGAGGAAAAUGGGUUGCAAGUGAAGCGCCGACUGGUCACUAGAGAAAUGGAGGGGAAAUACAUCAUAAACAUGCCAAAAGGCACAACCGCACGCACCCGACGCAUCCUGGCACAGCAAGCGAAGAAAGCCAAGGUUUUAAAGCGCACUUCAGUGUUUGACAGACUUGGGGCCGAAUCUAAGGCAGACACCACUACAGUCAGUAAACAGCCGACAGGUGUGUUUAGCCGACUGGGCAAAGCAGAGGAAGAAGUGAAAGUAAUUGGGAAGACUGGAGAUGUCAUUGACCACGUUGAGGAUGAUGACAGUGACGGUGAAGGCUCGGUACUGCAGUACGCUGGUGUCCUCAAACGAACCCCACUUGCAUCCAAAAAAGAAACCGUGGCCCCCAAACCUAAGACUCUCACUCUGCGUCGGCUAGGCGCAAAAUACAAACUCCCCCCAUCUGAGGGCCCACCGCCAAUCUCCUCUACAUCCUCCAGCCAAGAGGGACCACCCAAACUAGGUAUACUGCAGAGACUGGGCAAGGCUCCUUCUGUCAACCCUACCUCCUCAACCUCACUGGUCAGUCAGCCUGCCGAAACCCAGGACAGUCGUGUCACGAGUAGCAAAAGUAAAGCCCAGGGCAGCUUCGCUCUGGCAAGCCCUAAGGUCAGCAGUAGCACGGGUGACUGUCACGGGGCUCAGAUGGACAUCGGGACAGUUAGUGUAUUCAAGAGACUUGGUGCCAGGAAAACCUAAUGCCUGAUGUAUUUACCCACAUCAACUUUACUCUCAGAGCCCUACAUUUUCAUAUAAGAGAGUAGAGCAGAGAAAGUCCACUACCAAUAUUGGUGGAUUUGGAAGUCUAUUUGCUGUACCUCAUGUUAUGAUUUUGAAGGGGAACAAAGGGACAGCUGCAAUAUCAGUUAUUGCAAUGAUCUAAAAGCUGCAUAAGAAUUAUGUUAUUUACCUAUUGUCAUCAUCGCUGUUUUGGGAAUCAGUGAUUUCCUUACUCUGGCCCCCACUGUGCAUUAUGCACGUCUCCUAUAUUUAACAUAUAUAAUUCAUCAUCAUAUGUUUACUGGGAGAUCUUGAAUAGAGCCAGGUGUGUACAGUAGGUAAGGCACAGGAAAUUAGCAUGUGUCCUCAGGACUGGAAUUGAGAACCACCUGCUUGUCCUUUUCUGCUUGUUUUAUACCAACUCCUGUGCUCUUUUUGAAGCAUUUGCUCCUUUGAACAUUUUUCUAGAUUAAGUGGGGGGUUUGUAAUACAGACUUUGAAAUGCAUGUCACCAAACAUCAGAUGUUAAUUUAGCCAAGAAACCUAAAUGAAAGCAUGUGUCAUGUUUACCACAACAACUCAGUUUACAGAUUCUUCUGAGCUGAACCUGUAAGCUUCUGUUCAGCCAUUCUCGUACCUCCCUGCAUUUUUAAAUGAACUUAUCUUUAUAAUCACACUAAAGCCUUUUAGUGGCUUGAAACUGCAUGUGUAGGCAUUUCCAUCACUGCGCUCUUAUGACCUUAACUGUUACUUUGCUGAAGACACAACAUCACUAAAUUACAAUGUCAAACAGUCAGCAUCUUGAAAGAGUUUUUCCUGUAAAAUGUCCUCAUUUGAAAUUCCAGCCAAUGGAGUGCAGUGUUGGUAAGCGUUACUUGGACAAACAGAGCAGAAAUAACUUUGGGAAUACCAUGCUGUUGCCAAGCAACACACAUGGAGGUGGACCCUUGUGUAUUUUAUUGUGUAAGUUUUCACCCCCUUGUACUGUGUUUAAUACAGCCCUCAAUUAGUCGUGCUGCGAUAGGAAUUCACCUUUAUUUAAUGUUUUACAUUUUUAGUUUAUAAUAUUUUAUUUUGAAACAUCUCAAAAGCAGAAAUUUCUUACAUUGUACAGAUUUAAAGAAAAUACCAGAAUGAAGUUUAUAAAAUCUUUGUGAAAGAUUUGUUUUGGGAAUGGAUUUGAAUAUAAAAAGAUAAAACAAGUA